GAAAUGGUUCGAUAUAUGAGGGAAGAAAGGACCAAAGAAAGCAACAAUAUUUGGUAAGGAGUUUCCUUCCGCUAAUGGUGCAGCAGAUCGAAACAACAGAGGAGAAGGGAUUGGACGCAUUGUGUUCUCGAGGAUUCUGGAGGAAUGGGUCACCCAAUCCCAAUCCCAAUCCCAAUCCAAUCCCCGCCGUAGCACUUCCCAACAUUCUCACGCCGACCACCACCACCACCACCACCACAAUAAAUGGAUUAUCACGGCGGUCCUAUUUCCGAACCCAACACCCCAACCACCCCAAGACCCACCCUAUUCCUCUCCACUUCCGGAAAAGCCCUUCUCGUCUCUAACUCCAACAAAUCCCUCAUUUCUAAUUCAGGCAAACGUCUCGAUAACACCAAUAGUAAGAAAAAAUAUGUCAAACAGGUUACCGGCAGACAUAAUGAUACCGAACUUCAUCUCGCUGCGCAACGCGGCGAUGCUAGUGCGGUUAGGCAGAUUUUGGCUGAAAUUGAUGAUCAAAUGAUGGGAACGUUAAGUGGUGCUGAGUUUGAUGCUGAGGUUGCUGAAAUUAGGUCUGCUAUUGUUAAUGAGGUUAAUGAGUUGGGUGAAACUGCUUUGUUUACAGCUGCUGAUAAAGGACAGUUUGAUGUUGUUAAAGAGCUUCUUCCUUAUACAACCAAAGAAGCACUUUCUUUUAAAAACCGUUCUGGUUUUGAUCCUUUGCAUAUUGCAGCAAACCAAGGUCACAAAGAUAUUGUGCAGUUCUUGCUAGACCAUGAUCCGGAGCUAAUUAAGACAUUUGCACAGUCAAAUGCAACUCCUCUUGUAUCUGCAGCUACAAGAGGGCAUGCGGAUGUUGUUGAACUCUUACUAUCAUAUGAUCCUAGUCAGUUGGAGAUAGCUAGAUCCAAUGGAAAGAAUGCACUCCAUUUAGCUGCACGUCAAGGUUAUGUUGAUGUUGUCAAGAUUUUGUUAGGGAAGGAUCCGCAACUUGCUCGAAGGACUGAUAAGAAAGGACAAACUUCGCUUCAUAUGGCUGUCAAAGGGGUUAACUGUGAAGUGGUGAAGUUGCUUCUUGCUGCUGAUGCUGCAAGUGUCAUGCUUCCUGAUAAGUUUGGAAACACUGCUUUGCAUGUAGCCACCAGGAAGAAGAGGGUAGAGAUAGUGAACGAGUUAUUGCUUCAACGUGACACCAAUGUGAAUGCCCUCACAAGAGACCGCAAAACAGCUCUUGACCUUGCGGAAGCACUUCCAAUAUCGGAAGAAAUUUUGGAGAUUAAGGACUCCCUGAUUCGUUAUGGUGCAGUUAAAGCCAAUGAUCUCAACCAGCCAAGGGACGAGUUAAGGAAAACCAUGACACAGAUUAAGAAAGAUGUGUCUUUUCAGCUUGAACAAACUCGAAAAACAAACAAGAAUGUGAAUGGGAUUGCCAAGGAGCUACGCAAGUUGCAUAGAGCAGGAAUCAACAAUGCUACCAACUCUGUAACUGUGGUUUCAGUACUAUUUGCAACUGUGGCAUUUGCAGCGCUUUUCACGGUCCCUGGUGGGGAUGAUAAUCAAGGGAAGGCUGUGAUGGUGCACAAAACAUCUUUCAAGACCUUCUUUAUUGCUAAUGCUAUUGCGCUUUUCACUUCUUUGGCUGUGGUGGUAGUUCAAAUAACAGUUGUCAGAGGGGAGAUAAAGUCCGAGAGGAGGGUUGUGGAGGUGAUCAAUAAGAUGAUGUGGUUAGCCUCUGUCUGUACUUCAAUUUCAUUCAUUGCAGCAUCUUAUAUAGUAGUUGGUCGGCGCAGCCAGUGGGCUGCAAUCCUUGUUACUGUUGUUGGGGCGAUUAUAAUGGGUGGUGUUCUUAGUGCAAUGACAUACUAUGUUGUCAAAUCAAAACGUCACCGAAGAGAGAGGAAAAAAGAGAAGCUAUCAAGGAAUGGAACAUAUUCAAUGCGUAAUUCUGAUUCUGAAUCAGAAGUAAAUCCAAUUUAUGCUAUUUAAUGUUCAAUUUGCACUUACAAUAGAAAAAAGAUGGCUUUUAUGGAAGUAAAUGGCUUCUUGGCUGUGUUUAAAAGGGAAAGAACGAAGAGAGCCAAAUCGGUCAGUUACACUUUCUUAGAAGGUGUAGUCCAAGGCGCAGUAAAGCACCAUAAAGAGGAAACAACUAGCUUGUGUUGGUUGAGAUGAAAUCUGCCGUGAGGUCCACAUCCUUGAUCUCUUAGCUACUCCUUUCUUGUUAGGCAAGGAACACGCUUUUAGCACCUUCUGAAACUUACACUAUGUCAAUUUUAAUUGUUGAUUGCUGAUAAAAUUGUCCAAAAGGACAAUCAUCAAACAUUCCAAUCAAUAACUAUGAUGUUAAAGAGGAUAAAAUAUUCAAAUUUUUCAUAAAAUAAUUACUUAUGGGGUAGUUUUGAGUUUUGUAAGGAGAUAGAAUUUGAGAAGGUCAGCAUCAAGUCUCAAAGUCACUUCCUAGGAAUAAAGGGUUGAGGGUUCAUUCAAUGGAGACAAAAUGAAAAAUAACCAUUUAUAUCUAAUGAAAAGAAAAUGAAAUUGUUGAAAGUUGAAUCA